UAUUUAAACUAACCACCAUGGACUUUGGAAUGCWUUUUUUCGCMAAGAUUCCACUUUCGCAGUUUUGAUCAACUUAAAUCGGAUUUUCUAUGCAGAAAAAAAAAAUGAAUUUCCACUUYCGCGUCGUUCAAUUUGUUGUAAUGACCUUGCACGUCAUUUUCGCCGUCGGUAAAUCUCCCUGCGUUGGCACCUGUUAUUCUGGACCACUUUUCCCAGAGAACGAAGACAUCUUUCAUGGAAAACAUCUCAAAGGACACUCCUACAAGAACAUCACCACUGAUGAUCCAAUCAAGUGCUACCGUAAUUGCGUCCAGGAUUGUCGCUGUAAGGCGUGUCAGAUGAAAGAUGCGAGAUGCGAGUUGCUAGAUGAGGACAAGACUUCCAAAGCUGACGAUUUCAAAGAUGCAUCAGGAUACRUGUACUUUGAUCUUAAACAGACCAUGUAUAAAGGGAAAUCCCACAUGGUACCACCAGGUGUUUGCUAUAAUGGCUGCUGUCGAUCUCAGCCUUGUAUGAACGGAGGGACAUGCGAAGAGCACUGUAGCAAUCCCAAAAAGAAAUUCUCGUGCAAGUGUGCGCUGAACUACAACGGCGUUGUGUGUGACAAAAGAGAGUUCGCCUCGUGCCUUGACGUCAUGAAAUAUACAUACAACAAAACAGGGGACUAUCCAACCAAUGACAAAUACAUUAUAACAGCUAAGAGUCUUCCACCAGACUAUCAAAAGCGCCUAGUAUACUGCGACUUUAAGCCUCCAAACAGGGCCUGGAACCUAGUAGAAUCUUUUUCCAUGUCCAACAUCAACAUCUAUCGUGCAAUGGCUUUUCAUCAAAAUGUUAGUUCGCGAAAAGCUAACGAUCCAAACUGGGAUGACCAUCGCCAUGGUCUGGGCUUCAUACAGUACAUUCGAUCAAAGUCCACUAUGUUUCGAGUCACGUGUGACUUUCCUCUCAGAUCCUCAUUGGUUCCUGACUAUCUCCUUGGUUACCUGCGUGACUAUGACAUCAUUCACUUUGGUGAUGUUGGAGGAAAAUGUUUUAAAUUUGCUCGCAUUAACAUCAGAGGCAAAGACUUUUUUAACCAGAGAGCAGAUGUGUGGCAAAAGAAGGGAACUUGGCAUUUUCAUAUUGACUGUGUAGGAUCGGUAAGGUGUGGUUUGACUAUUGGAUGCACGGUAGGCGAAGAUAAUUUUGGUUACUACGAUCCCCAUAUCAAUACAACAAAAUGCACCGAAAAAGAGAGCUCGACUACUCAGUUCUGGUUAGGGGAAGGAAUUUAAAAGACUGAGCACUGAAUACGUUUUGCCACUCAGAAACUGGAAUCGAACCAACUGAUUCUGAUACACAGUGAACAGACAUUGUUUUCUUAGCCUCUCUAGAGCAUCUGCACAUGUCCUUGUUGUCCGAAUUGCAUUGUAAAGACAUACACCUGCUUGCGAAAACGUUAUCAUAAAAAAUCGGACAUUUGUAUUUUAGUAAAAAGGAAUAAAUUGAAAAGACAAAAGAAGA